CCUGCGGGCGCAGAUGGCGACCGCGCAGCGCGCCUGAGCGGGCCCGGGCCAUGAGUGCCUCCCGGCCCCAGUUCAGCAUUGAUGACGCCUUCGAGCUGUCCCUGGAGGACGCGGGCCCUGGGCUCGAGCCCAGCGGGGUCGCCCGCUUCGGGCCGCUGCACUUCGAGCGCCGGGCCCGGUUCGAGGUGGCCGACGAGGACAAGCAGUCCCGGCUGCGCUACCAGAACCUGGAGAACGACGAGGAUGGAGCCCAGGCCUCUCCAGAGCCGGAUGGGGGAGUCAGCACCAGGGAUUCUGGCCGAACAUCCACCCGCAGCUCCCAGUGGUCUUUUGGUAGCAUCAGCAGCAGCACUCAGCGCUCCUACAACGCCUGCUGCAGCUGGACUCAACACCCUUUGAUCCAGAAGAACCACCGGGUAGUGCUAGCCUCCUUCCUGCUUCUCCUGCUGGGGCUGGUGCUGAUCCUGACCGGCGUGGGACUGGAGGUGGCCCCCUCGCCAGGUGUCUCCAGCGCCAUCUUCUUCGUGCCGGGCUUCCUGUUGCUGGUCCCAGGAGUCUACCACGUGAUCUUCAUCUACUGCGCCGUCAAGGGUCACCGGGGCUUCCAGUUCUUCUACCUGCCCUACUUCGAGAAGUGAGCAGACGGCGGGAUCCAGCGUCGGGGCCGAGAGGCCCCAGUGUGUGCUGCCUCCUCGCAUCCUUGGAGGGGCACUCCCGGAGUCCGCGCCCGGCUUCGGUUCCCGCAUCCCAAGGGAAAAGCCCCGUCGGGACCCUCAAGCCCCCUCGUCGUCUGGGGAGUUUGCUCAGGAAGUUUGGGGCAUGUGGGUCUCGGGCCACUACCUGAGCCUGGGAAAGUCGCCCCUCCCCUCUCUGUGCCUUAACUUAUUCUCAGGCCCUGGGCUUGCUGGGUUGGUGAUGUUUUGUGCUAAUAAAAGCGGUGCUUAAUUCCA